AUGACGGAGGCCGGCAAUCCCGCUACCGGGGAGGCUGGGGAAGGAGGAUGGUUCUCCCCGACUUUGGAUUCUCCCCAGGCCCACCGCGUGCACGAAGGGGCGCAGCCCCCGGGCCGCUCGGGGAGACGCGAAAACUACAACUCCCGUCAGGCCCCGCGGCCCGGCCCCGCCUCGCCUCCCGUUGAGCCGGCGGCCGCGGGUGCUGGGCUUUCAUCCGCGGAGCGGCGGGAGCGAGACGCGUCCUGCGGUCCUCGCCGACGGCUGAGCGUGUUCCGACGGCGGCCGCAGCCUCUGCGGCUCUCAACCUCCGCUCCCGCUGGCCCGGCGUGCAGGGAGAGGAUGGUGGUCCGCGUGUUCAUAGCCUCGUCUUCGGGUUUCGUGGCGGUGAGCGCGGGGCUGGAACGCGGGCAGAUAAAGAAGAAGCAACAAGAUGUGGUUAGAUUUUUGGAAGCCAACAAGAUAGAGUUUGAGGAAGUGGAUAUCACCAUGUCAGAAGAACAGAGACAAUGGAUGUACAAAAACAUCCCCCCUGAGAAGAAGCCUGCCCAGGGCAACCCUCUGCCACCUCAGAUAUUCAGUGGUGACCGGUACUGUGGAGAUUAUGACAGUUUCUUUGAGGCAAAGGAAAGCAACACAGUCUUUUCAUUCUUGGGCCUGAAACCACGGUUGACAUCUAAGCCUGAACCUUAAAGAGUGAAAGGUGACGGAGAUGCAUUUUGGAGCACCCUGUGGUACUCAGCACACACCUGCUUACCUGAUGCAUCACUGUGACAAAAGCCACACGAAUAAUCAGUCACUUUGCCUGACCUGGAAAAGGUGUUUUUGGAAUAUGUGGGAAUAAUGGGGAUUGCUUUAAACCAAAUCGGGACUGUGGUGGGGAAUUCUUUUAUUUUCUGAUUUGCCUGAGGUUGCCUCACUCAGCUGAAAGUACUGUCAGCUCUUACAGAUCUGCUUCCUUAAUGACUGAUAGAUAAAGGGGUGGCACCAUCAGAGAGAAAAUGUUGACUCUGCUCUAGGUUUUAUUAGAUACCAGAAUUGCAUAAACCCAUUCUUCUUUAAGCUGCCUGAAUCGAAUCUCGAACUUUUCCAGACUGUUCACUUCUCAAUCAGGAAGAAGAAAACAGUGUUGGCUGACAAAGGGCACUGAAGGUUUUUGCUGCAGAAUCACAAAUGUCACUGUUGUGGUGCUUUGUAAUAACACCUGCUGAAAAAGUUAGCUGCUGUAGACCCCUUCUCCGUUUCUGUCCCCCAGGCUUUUGCAGAUGCCUCUAAAAACCACUGUUGCAGUGUUGCAUGAUCACAACCAAGUUACAGGGCAGAAAAGAAUUGCUGUUCUGAAACAUGCAUGCUUUUCUAUCUCUUGCAAGGGGAAAGUUUCACCUAAAUGCUUAAGACUGCUUGAAAGAUAUUAUUUUAAUAAGUGCACUAAUUAGACAGUAAAUUAACAGAAAAGUUGUCUGAUUAGGAUACGAAGGUGUUUUUGAUCUUGCGGUUUAUUUAACACGAGUGCACAUUUUUUGAUGCAGCCCCCCUGAGUAACCGCUGCUCUUAUUCUAUUUUCUGAAGGGGUUCUAUUUUCUUGAGAAAGGAGUCUCUCAGCUAGAUAUAUUUUAUGAACCCUUGAUGAAGCGUAUUAGAAGACAGCAGUACUGCUGGGGCUCUGGCUCAGCGGUAGAGCGCUUGCAUAGCAUGCACAGGGCCCUGGGCUCAAACUGCAGUGCCACAGAAAGGAAAAAGAAAGCUGCAAUACCACUAUACAGUGAAGUUUCUCCCGAGUUACCAUUGUUUCUUUACUUUCUUUGUUCGUAUCUCAGAUCAAUUCACAGUCUCAGACUUUUAGAAUACUGUAGGCACACAUUCUUGUUCGAUGAAUGAGCACAAGUGAGAUUUCAGAGCCCCUUAGAAGGGAAAGAAGCUGUCUAGAGAGUGACCCUGACUGUCAAGAACAGUCCCUGUUCCCAUUGGUUGGAACUGGUGAACACUUUCCAAACUUGUCAGAGCAGAGGUUACUUCUCUGUAUCCUUUCAUAUUUUAAUUUUUAAUUGUCAGACAUAGAUAUAGCCUUGACUAGGAUGAACUCAGGGCUGACUGAAAUCUCUACCUGUCCCUAGCAGCCUGAUGCUGAACCUUUCAUUGUGAGUCUGAGAAGGAAUUAGAAGAGCAAAUGACUUGUGCUCCCUCCCGUCCCCCAACCCACCUUGUGCUUUGCUAAAUGUGGACUUUCUGCUGAUCUUUUUGAAUGCUAAGGCUGAAGUCUUAGCCCGAGACUUGCAGUACUACUACAGCUGGGCAGUCUUCAUGAAUGAACAGAUGCCCGAUCCACAAUUUUCUCUCCAAGAAAAACUUGUUGUCAAAUCAUGAAUGUUACUGGUUAGUUGGUAUUAAACAAGAUCCAGGUCACAUUCCAUUUGAUAAAUCCCAGGGACUAUCCAGGAUUUUUUUUUUUCUCCUCUAACUGGGUACUGUGUUUGAGUUUGUGAGUCUUCUGACAAGACACAUUUCUGUUUAAGAUAGAAUGAGUUAAAAAAAUUUCCAAGUUGUGAUUACCCAGGUUACAUUUAGUCUGCUCUUGCCAGUGGGUGCCAAGAACCAAUUCAGUAAGGUUAUGUUUGCACAUUCUAAGCUGUAAGAACAAUAUAUUUAUGAGACAGAGAAAGCCACCAAAUUUUGUCUUAGAAAUUUGAAUUGACCAUGCUGUAUGUAGUAUGAUUAUCUUAAACAUACUCUUUGGAUAGUGUGCUUAAAAAUACUACUGCAUUUGCAGGUCAUUUUCUUACUAUGAAUUUUUGUGGUGAAGUUGGGGAAUCAUCAAAGAAAUAAGCUAAUAUAUUUUAAAUUGGUUUCUGUUUUAUAAAUUUAACUCAUCAUUCAUGUGUUUUAGUAUCAGUGAAUUCAACACCAAACUAAGUAUUUUUGUGUUUUGUUAUUGAAGGUACCAAAGGCGGCUUCUGGGUUUUUUUUUGUGGGGUUUAUUUUAAUUUUUUGGUUUGUAUGAUUUUAUUGUAGGGUUUUCUUUUUCUGGAAAUUUUUUCAUAUAAGAGUUUUUCUUUUGUAUCAGGGUCCAUUUCAAUCUGUAUAAUUGUUUUUAUUUCAGUGUUUGUGUUUGUCUCUAAAGGCAUUGGUGAAAUCUCACGUUUUCUGUUCAGCAUUAAAGGAGAAUAAAUUCCAGAAAAUGUGCAUUCUGAAACUGGAGUUGUUUCCAUCUGUCCUCACACAUUUUCUGAAUUUAGUUCUGGGUUUGGCUGGAUUCUUUCUAUUUAGUUACGAAGCUGCUUCCGCUGCCAUCCAUGGAAACAGAAACUGCUGUAACUAUGUAGAGUUCAUGCGACCAUGGAGAGCAUCCUGUGGUCCUGCCUGAGCACACUGAGAGGAACUGAGGGAUCAGGGCCAAGGCAGAACUUAAUCAGGUACUGGGCUGGUCCAAGUGGACUGUGUGGUCUCUAGAGUAUACUGAAGCCGCACUGGUGACUUGACCCAUGCUGGUUACAGGAAACUUGAGUAGCCAGGACUCCUCUCACCUGGGCUCCCUUUAUGCCACCUCUAAAAGCAGAAAAGCGAAACAAAAAUAACAUUUCUGGAGUCAGUGUCUGAGUCUGAGCUCCUUACAGAACUAUCGCAAACCUUAAAUAGCAGGACAGAUGGAGAAACGGACCAAAGAGAACAAAGCUGUCACUGGCAGAAAUGUUUUACCUCAUGAGACCAAAUCAGCCAAUAGCCCUGCCUGCCUAUCACCCAAAUUCCCAGUGGUUUCCUAGUUCUAGAUGUGCAGGGCAGGUUAGCAUGGUCAUCCUUUCUGUCUGCAGGUAUGGAGCCCUUACAAUGUGAUGGGUCCUAUCUGCACAGCACAGUAGGAUGCCAGAAACAAAACGGAAGCAGCAGUUACAGAAGUGGUCAGUGACAGAGAGGUGGUUGUCAGCCCUCGAGGCUGCAGCUCAUCAGCAGAAAUGUUGCAUGUUCUUCUUUUCUUGUUAAAAUCCCAACUUUUUAGAUUUCAUACACGCAAUGAACUAUGUAUACAUAUGUAUACACACAUCUACUGAAGUAUAACGAGUAAUGAUAACCCGCAUGCCUGCCGCCUGCCGCCUGCCGCCUGCCUUAUUGCCUUUCCACUGAGGUGCAGGUGUGUUCUUCCCUGGCCUCUCUUUCUUCCUGUCUACUAAAGGGCGCCCCACCCUGUAUUUGUGUUGAUUGUAGCCUUCCUCCUCCUAAGCAUGUGGUCUCCAUGUGUAUAUCCUUGAAGAAGAAUAAACAGAAUAAAUCAGAUACAGUAUUUAUCCCUUCCUUUUUAUUUUCAUUGCAAUGGGAGUGUUCACUGUUAAAUAUUAUUCCUGUGUAUGAUUAUCUCACAGUUUUCCUUUGGAUUGCUAAUUAUUGAAGCACAUCUUUGUUUGGAACUGAAAAAGGAGAUGCUGAUGUGAGCCUCCUUUUAUUUGGCCUCAGUGCACAUAUGGAAGAGCGGACCCACACUUUCAGUAGAGCUGCUGGCUGUGCAAAUAGGAGCGGAGCACACCAUCAGCUAGAGAGCUGCAGUCAGAUUGCCUUCUAAGUGGAUGUUCCAACACUCUGCUAACAUUUUCAAGACCAUAGCUCCUGGCCAACCUUGGGGACUGUUAAUCAUGUUGUGCCAAGCUCUGUCAUAUAAAAUGUAUCUCACUGUGGUUUCAUUUGGAGUAAUUUUUAUAUCAUUAGUAAGUUGAACAUGCCUGUUGUGGGAUUUCACUGUCUUUUAAAUUUUGGCCUACUUGGUUAUAUCUUUAGUUAUUAAAUUUUGUAUGUAUAUUGCCGGGUCUUGAACCCAGAGCCUUGUGCAAGUGAUAGCUCAGUCCCUUGUGGAUUUAGUUAUUCAUUUAAAAAUUCUCUUUAUAUUUUUAUUGGUCAAUUAUGAUUUAACUUUAAAAAAAAAAAAAAA